AUGUCUCGCAGGCUGACGUUUCGUGAACGAGCUGCGAAGUCGAUCGCCGCUCAGGGCGAGCAGGCAAUUGAAGCCGGGGACAAUGGAGUUGUGGGGGUUGCCCAGGUCGCGGUCGGAUCUGUUUUCCGCGACGGAAUAACAGAACAAGCUCAUCUUGUUGCUACAGGGGGCGAUACCCAUGUGACUCCUCCGAGACAAACUAUCUCGGUGAGCUCGAGCAACGAGCAAUCGGAAAGGAGCCCGAAGAGAGCUCGAGAUGAUAAUCGAACUCCGACUUUGUCGGGCUCUUUGAACAAACGAUCCAAACCGGAUGUUAGCUCGUCGUUCCGAUUGGCAAUUGAUCCCUUAAAGAACAUUUCGGUUUUGGAUAAUCCCGAAGUGUCCAUGUCGCGCCAAUGCAAGCCUACCGUGAGUCAGACUCCUCUUCCAGAAUUUUCUUUCGAAAGGGAGCUGUUUACAGCGGCAACGGCGGCAAACAAGGAGGCUAUGGAGGCGAACAAGAAACUCCUUGCUCAUUGUGAACAAAGGUUACGUGAAGAACCUCGACAGGAUGAGCUUGAUAAGAUGAAGCGGAUAAUAAAUGACCUUAGUGUUGAGCUCGGAUCGGUGAGAGAAAGAGUCGCUCGUCAAGGCGAUUUGCUUAAGAAGCAUACUUCUCAGGCGGCUUGUGUUAGAGAGCUUGAAAUUAACAAAGAGGAUAUAACUCUGAAACUUCAGCUCGCUAGGAACGAGUUCUUUUCUCUCCAGUCCGAAAAUGCAUCGAUGCUGGAUCAGAUUGCUCGUCUAAAUGGGGAAAGACAAGUCUUAGAGGCCGGGAAGAGUCAGGCCGUUCGUCGAGCUGAACGCGAGGGUCGUCGACAAAUGUCCCUUAAACAUCACGCGAUCCUCUUAGAAAUCAAGACUAAGUGGAAGAAGAAGGAAGAUGAGAGCGUCAAGGAGUGUGAUCUCCAAGAGGUGCUUGCUAACAUCGAGCUCCUCCAAUCGCUGAUGGAUGGGACGGUUGUUGCGGAGGAUGAGCUCCGAAAGUUGAAGGAAGACGAGGGUGGUUUUACAGAAGCCUUUGAGGCAGCCCAGGUUUCCGACUUUUCGAUCGGUAAGCUCGACCUUCCGGCGGUAUCGGAAGAUUCCGUUGUUCGUAUGGAUGUUGGUCCUUCUACGAAUGCUCCAUGCGAUCCGAACGGGCUCGGUGCUGAGGAGGCGAUGGGCGAUGACGAUUGA